CUCCCCGCCGUUGAUUUUUGUUCUGACCAAAUUUUAGUGUAAAAGUGAUCUAUUUUCUGUCCAUUCCGAUUACAAACGAUAAUUUACGUUCACGCACGGUACCGUUGUCGUCCGUACCGAAUCUCCUGCCUGGACCGUAUCAGCACAAAAGAGCGCACCCCCGGUAAAGUCCUGGAAAUCAUGGCAGGAAUUGGUGGUUCCAGCGCAGGGCAUCGAUCCCUCGUCUAGAGGCAGGGUUGCCUUGAACCGAAAAGGCCUUGAUCACGGCCGCUGUUAUCAAAAUACGGGCCGUGAAGCUGGUGUGAAGCAAAAACCAUUCAGUCGUUGCAAGCUGCCGAGAUGGAAACGGCAAAGUACGCGCUACGGGAUCGGGCGGAUCUUUCCGAACCCGUGAAUCACCCUCUACGGAACAACAAACGAAUCAAGUUCACCUGCUUCGAUUGCUCGGCAAAGUAUCUGGUGUUUGGGGCCAACUCGGGCAGUUUGUAUCUGUACGAACGCAAAUCGACUGCAUUUCUGGCCCUCGUUCCCAGCCAGCUGGGCGUCAUCGGAAAGGUGUCGAUAUCGCAGAGUGAAAAGCAAAUCGCAAUCGGGAACCAGAGCGGUUCUAUCGGUGUGCUGCUCGAGCUGGACCCACCGAACGUGCGGGAGAUCAUCAGUACCGAGCUCACGUUGACAAGCGACGAGGAGCAACAACUUCCCCCGGAUGCGCCCCGAAGCCCACCUUCGGCCUUCGUAACGAGUUUCUGCUGGACGGAGGAUGAUAAGGAGCUGUACUGUGGCGAUUCGCGGGGCAUUGUAUCGUUGAUACAGUUCUCGCUGUUCAUGGGUCGCAAUAUACUCAACAUAAGCCUGCAUCCUGUACUACUGCUGGAGAAUCGUAUAGUACAAAUAGACCGCUACAAAGAUUUGCUGCUCGUGUCCACACUCUCAAAGUGUGUGCUCUGUAACACGGCCCGGGAAGAGUUCAAGCAAAUCGGUAAUCGACCGAGAGAGGGACAAUAUGGAGCGUCUUUUGUGAUUGCACAGCCAAGCAGUAUACCGGCGACGCCGUCACCACCGCUCAUGAUCGUUGACGAGGAGGACGUCCGUAUAUUCUGCUCACGCCCGGGCAGUCGUCUCUGGGAAGCCGAUCUCGAGGGUAACGUUAUCAGAACGCAUCAAUUCAAACCACGUUCCGGUCAACCCAGACACGUUCGUCAGCUGCACCGCUUACCGACCGAUAAGACAGUAAUUGAUUCAGCGCCGGCCGAUGGAACGAUGAUGGUCGUACCGUUCCAGGUACUAUACUCGAUACGACGUCAGCUACUACUGGUACACGAUCGUAGCCAGUUGCUUAUUAUCGAUCCACUGCACUCUACCAUCGUAUUGCGAACAGAUGAGUUCAGUGACAUCACGCAUGUGGCCGUGGUAGACGAGUGGAUCUAUCUUCUUUCCGGCGAGAACCGUCUGUUUCAGGUGCGCGUCGAGUUUGUGGGAGAGCCCGGAGAUGAGGAUGUCGCAGAAGAACGUUUGGUUGCUGCGAAGGAAGGAGGAAUGCAAGAAACCUCCCCAAAGAACCAUCGGCGAUCGACAGAGUCCUACGAAUUGCGCAAAAACCACCAGCAGCAGCAGCAUCAGCAAAAGCAAGGCGUGUAUAUACUCGAGAGCGCUUUCAACAACAAUGGCAAGGAGUCGCCGCUGAUGCUUUCGACCGAGGCAACCAUAAAGGAAGCACUGGUGUCGGUGGUACGGGGAAAGUAUGGUCGAAACAUCAAACAGAUGUUCAUGGGCUAUGAGCAGCAGAGCCAGAAGCAUACGGGUGGUGCCCCGGAGCGGCCUAAAACGUUAAAUCUCACAAAAAUCUAUGAACCUAGCCGCAAUAACAAUGGUAAUGGUAACGCUCUACUCGCCGAACUGGGCAUUGAUGCGGGUGACGAUUCUUAUGUCGACGAUAUGGGCGAUAAUGAGGAUGAAUCGCUCGAGGAACUCGUUCGCACCCGCAAAGGACAAACAAUGAACGGUAGUGGUUCAGGAGCGGGACGCAAAAAGUUUUCCACCUCUCUAUUAAACGGAUAUGAAACAUCCGAGGACGAUGCGACCGUCCGGAACUUGUAUCUCAUCUACCGCUCGUCGAUCAUUAGCAAUCUCAACUUUGCCGAUCGGUAUGCCAAGAUUUUCGACGAUUACGGUACGGAAGCAAUUGUUCGAUUGUUGCACAAACUCGAAACGCUGAUGGAAGAGAACGAGGAACCGGAGGCACGACUCAAGUGCACCCGCAUCUACUUCGAUUAUCUCAAACCGGAGCUGCUGUGGGAGAUCGAUGCCGUUCCCCGGCAGUUCAUCAAGGAAGGUUUCAUCGUGUGUAACACGGUGGAACGGUCGGAGCAGCUCGACUGUGAGCUUGGUCGGUGCGAUGGGUGUGGGUAUUAUCUACGGGCACCCCGUACCUGUCACUAUCGCGACAUCGGUAUCAGCUUGAUGCGUUACUUCUGGUCACGGCGGGAGUAUGGUGAAUGCUUUGCGCUCGUCAAGCAGGUACCCCACCUGUGGCGUACUGUAACACGCUACUACAUCCAGGAUCGCCGCCAGGAUAAGGUGGUCGCUUGCGUGUGGAACCUGGCCGAUCGCGAGCUGUUCGAGCGGGCGGCCGGAGAAAUGUUCGAAGCGCACCAUUGGCGUCAACUGUUCGAGCUCGUGCUGAGCUACUACCGGCGCAAUGAAAUGAUCUGUCUAAACUGUGAUAAACGUUGCACGACAAAAACGACCCCGACAAUACAGGGCAACGGAAGUUCGCAGGAUGGAGAGGCACAGUUCCGCCAGUGGAACUAUUUACUCGAGGUAGCACUGGAACAUCUAGAACCGGCCGAACUGUUGAGCCUACUGAACAACUAUACCCAACACAUUUCUAAAGGUGCGAUCAGCACCAGUUUCUACAUUCGUUGUCUAUUGCUCCAAGCAAAGUAAGCUAGUGUAAAUCACCCCAUCAGAGUGCAAAUAGCUAAACCCACGCUUGCAUCGAAUAGUAGGCCUAACGCUUAGAAGAAAAGGCGAGCUGGGUGCGCCACUAUUGAACGUUCCUGGCUUCUGUUGCAACGACGCGCGUGACGCUGGUUCGUUUAUCGUGUAUCGGAAGCAUGCGCCAGGCCGGAACAACGAGAAGCUGCUACUAGCCAAGAAGGGCGCGUGUCUGUGCAUUGCUGUUAUUGCUGCCUGUGCUCGAUGCUUUAGAAUGCUGAAUGCUUCUGUAUGGAAUGCUUCUGUAUGGAAUGCUGGAUCAGUAGAAACCAGUCACAGCAUCACGCGCUACGCAUAUGAAAAAAGAAACCGCGAGUAGCUGAAUUGCCAUUGCCACCACCUAUAUCUAUCACCUUAAGAGAUGAUAAUGCCAAAUAUUGUAUUAAACAGUUAGAGACGAUAUGAACGGAAAUAAAGAAAUGUAUUUUC